AGCUGGGCUCGUCCUCCGUGUCUGUCUGUCUGUGUGCGCGCACGGACGCGGUAGGACAUGGACAUGUUGAUUAGUUGCUUGUAGCGUCUUUCCUGGGAGACUCCAUGCUUCGGACCGGGAAUGGAUCCGGAAAGCGGAGCGGCGUCUGCGGGCACUUUGAUGUCCCUGAGCGAGCACGAGCAGAGACAGUUCUCGGGACUGCGCAGUCUGUGCGUGUGCGGCACUACAGGACAGCUGUCCUCCAGCAAAGUGGCAGAGCUGUUCAAGGCGUCUCAGCUGCCCCCAGAAGCCCUGCAUAAAGUGACAGAGGUGUGUGGUGCAAAGCGUCUGGGUUACUUCGGUACAACUCAGUUCUACAUGGCCUUGAAGCUGUUGGCCGCUGCCCAGUCUGGUCUGCCCAUCCGUCUGGAGAGUGUAUCAGCCAAUCUACCUCCACCCAGAUUUGUUGGGUUGAUAAAUGAAGCAGAGGUGCGAUAUACAACUGUCCCCCCAGGCUUAGACAGUCAGGGAGCACCCGCUCCUACUGCCUGGACUCCAGCGGAUAGGAGCACCUUCAGACACCUAGAGGGCAAUGCAGAUGAAAAGGAGCUCUGGUCCCCUCCGCGAUCACCACGCAGUUCACCGCCUCACUCUCCACUGGCCUACUGCAGCUACCCAUACGCCAAACAACGAAACGGAGCAGACACACAAACAGCCUAUGAACAUUCGUCACGGCCCACGGUUCAGCUGGAGCAGCACUCCUCGCCGAGUAAAUAUGCCGCCAAACCCCCUGUGGAGCACCCUGCUGUUCCACAGGCUUGCUCAGUGGAGAGACUUGAUCAGCAGCCAUUGGACUAUUCUGAUGAUGACCCCUGGAGGAUUACAGAGGAACAGCUGGAGUAUUACACAAACCAGUUCAAAAACCUGCAGCCUGACCUGGGAGCGUUCAUCCUGGGAGCUGUUGCAAAGGACUUCUUCACUAAAUCUAAGCUCCCAAUCCCAGAACUUUCCCACAUCUGGGAGUUGAGUGACGUGGACAGAGAUGGGGCUCUCACUUUCUCUGAGUUCUGCACAGCCUUUCACUUGAUUGUGGCUCGUAAGAAUGGCUACCCUCUCCCAGACAGCCUUCCUCCAACACUGCGGCUGCGGUUUUGGCAGCACGAAGAUGUUAUACCCGAUACACCGGAGAGUGUUGAGGCUCUUAUCGUCUUCGAGGAUGCUGGACCAACACCCAGUCAGCUGGAUCUGAGAAUUGCAGAGAAACUCCAGCCGAGUUUAGUCACAACUAAACACGAUCUGAAGGACGAAUCGUGUCAACAAGAUAAAAACACAAAGAGGGCCACAACAUUCCGGGAGAGUUACACGCUACACAUGGAUUCUUUUCCUGAAAGACCAGAGCCGCCUCAAGACCUGGACCCCCAGCUGAGGGCAAAAAGCAGACCCAGGUCAUACUCUAGCACUUCUAUUGAAGAUGCGAUGAAGAAGGCAGAAGAGCCGCCGACUCCUCCACCUCGACCCCAGAAGACCCACUCCAGAGCCUCGUCACUGGACCUCAACAAGCUCUUCCAGCAGGGCGCUCCAGGCAUGAAGAGUGGAUUUUUGCUGCCUCCUCCUGCCCUCCCUCCCAGGCCAUCGACCUCACAGGUUCCUCACUUCAUUGCUGCCGCAGAGAAGACUCCCCAAAUUAAAGUACAGCAGGCAAACUUUGCAGACUUCAGUCGCUUCAGAGAAGAGGAGGAGAACAGUAUCAAACCUACGGAGCAGGGUCCACCUUACAGAUUUGAGGAUGUGACAAAACAGGACGUGACUGGACUUUCUCACAGUCGAGCGCCACAAAAGCCAGCCCGCAGGAAAUACCAUCCAGAAAUCCAGAGUCUGGACACCGUACCCCUGCCCGCCGUGCCAUUUCCUCCUCCCAGCAAAAAGCUUCUGUCCAGGCAGAAAAGGGCGAUCCAGAUGGCAAUCCGUAAGAACAAGGAAACUAACGCAGUGUUGACACGCCUCAACAGCGAGCUCCAACAGAAACUCAAGGUGGUUCACCAGGAGCGGGUCACCUUGGAGACCCAGCUGGAGCACCUGAGACCACUGGCCUCGACAUAACGGAGCCCGAAGCUCACUUAGUCACGUUGUGCAUCAGAGGAAUAACUGUACUUCAGUGUCUCCAUCCAACAUUUGUCUAACCCAACACAGAGGAAGGUGUUGGCUUGUUUGAUGCAUAUGGAACAAACAUACUAAGGGCUGAUGACAGAAGCAAAGCACACAAUUCUCAUUUAUCUUUGCUAUGAAGAGUUCAUGUCCUACAUUCGGCAGGAUGAAACAUUUGUAUGGAUGAGAUGCAUAUGUGAAGUGUCCUGAUAUUGAGUGUGAUAUUCUAACUUAUUGUCUCUCUUUUCAGUCACAUCAUUUACACUGUGUUGUACACCUGUUAAUUAUACAUUUUUAUGUUUUCUGUCUUUCACUGUGCAUGUCGCUGUGUAACCCACUCGGAAUUUCAGAUUUGAAAUGGUGCUAUGGACAUUUGAAAUACCAGCAUCUCAAAAACCACAAAAGAAAACAAAAAAAGUCAUUUGUGCGCAUAUUGUAUUUCAUGGUUGCAAAAGUUGCAUUACAGUCAGGUGCAUUAGUAUUUGGA